UGCUUCUUGGAGUCUGUUGGCAUGUUUGGUGCAAACCCUGCAUAGUGCUUUCUUAAAGGAGAAUAUGGACCCUAUUUGUCAUAUUUUUCUUCUACUUCUGGUUUUCCACACAAUAAACCCAUCUGUUUCAUCUUGUGUCACAGGAUGCUCUUGUUCUCAAGACAGCUUUGGAAGGAGUUUGCUUUGCAUGUCUGCACUGCUGAGGCAGAUCCCUGAAAACAUCCCUCAGGACGUCCGGAAAAUUAGAAUAGAAAAUUCUCACCUAACAGAAUUCCCUCGUGGGUCUUUUGAGAAUGUUAGUGCCUUGGAGUAUCUCUGGCUCAAUUUUAACAACAUCACAGUGAUGCAUAUCAAGAGUUUGGAAUAUCUGCCGACUCUGAAGGAGCUGCGCUUGCAAGGGAACAAAUUAAGUUCGGUGCCAUGGACAGCAUUUCAAGACAGCCCGGCUCUGAAAAUCCUGGAUCUGAAGCACAACCGUCUGGAUGUCCUUCCAGAACAUGCGCUCCGCUAUCUGCCCAACUUGACCUAUUUAGAUCUAUCCUCAAAUCAGCUUACUGUCAUAUCCAGCGAUGUCUUCUACAGCUGGCCUGUCUAUCAGCGGAGCCAGAAGGUGGAGGGGCAGAUAGAAGCUAUUGCCAACGCCGUCCUGGCCCUUCACGACAAUCCCUGGAUUUGUGACUGUCGCCUGCGAGGAUUUGUCCGGUUUAUCCAGUCAGUUGGCCUACCUGUUAUUCUGAUGAAUUCCUAUUUAACUUGCUCAAGCCCAAAAUUCCAGGCAGGGAAGUUUUUUCAUGAAGUGGAGCUCAACAGCUGCAUGAAGCCCCUGACCUCAGCCCUUGACACUGAUGUGACAGUCCCUGUGGGGCUGAACGUCACCCUGACCUGCUUUGUACAAGCCAGUCCUUCCGCGGCUGUCUGGUGGACCUAUGCACUCAAACCUUUAAGGUCAUUUAAUGUGUCCACCCAGCCCGUCAGCGAGGAGACCAUCCGCUCAGAGCUGCUGAUCCCGGCGGCACGGCCAGCGGACGCCGGCAACUACACCUGCACUGCUGCCAACUUCUUGGGCAACACCUCGGUGGCCAUCACCCUUCGUGUGGGCAUCCCGUGGGCACCCCCCACCCCCCGGGGCUGGGCUCCCAUUGCCCCUGCUGAGCCGAGCGCCCACGUCGAAGUGCGCAUCGCCAAGCAGACGGUCUACGGCAUCACCCUGGAGUGGUUUGCGGCGGCAGCGGCGGCAGCGGAGCCGGGGGAGACCUGGUACACCCUCCUGGUGGGCCGCUACGACGCCGCCCAGAAGGAUGUCAUCUACAUCGGCCCCGGCGUCAACACCUACUCAGUGACUGACCUGCUGCCCGCCACCAAGUACGAGGUCUGCGUGGCCGUGCGCAACCAGGCGCCCCGCAAGGGCCAGUGCGUCGUGUUUGUCACGGGCAGCGACAUCAGCCAGCUGGAGCAGCGCGAGAAGCUCAUCCACAUCGUGGUCAUCAUCUGCGCCAUGGUGCUGGCCGUGCCCGCCGGCAUGUACGCCUGCACGGCCGAGGCCCGCUGCCCCGGCGCCUGCCCCCGCCGCCGCCACGGGGGCCAAGCAGAGGCCGCCGGCAGCAAGGAGAGCACGCUGGACAGCCUGCCCGCCGGCAGCGAGGAACAGCUCUGCCACCCCGGAGGCAGCUGCGGCGCCCGGCAGUCCCCAGCCCACGAGGAGCCCGGCAAGACCCGGCCACCCCACAGGAACAGCGCUGACCUCUACUAGCCCGGCCCCGCUUGCCCUGCGACCGUGGCUGCGGCAGCGACUUGUACAGAUGACCUUGAGCUGCAGCACAUGCUGGUUUUCUCGAAGGACCACGCAAGGAACGGGCUGUGCUUCGAGGACUCGGGGCACGACAGAGCGUCUGGCUGGGAUUCACAGCAGGCUUGGGGAGCCCAGGGAAUGGGGGUGUCCGGGGUGUGCGGCCACGUCUGUGCCCCCUCAGCCCCAGGCUGCCUCCGCAGCACUGUCACGGAGCAACACCCACAGACACGCAAGAAAACAAGCAUUAACAAAAAAAAAAACCAAAAACAAAACAA